UCUUCUCCACAAUUUAUUCUUUUAACAAAAUGAAUUGAAUGCGAUGCUACAGAGAGAGAGAAAUGGGGAAGGCGAUGGAAACGCGGUGUAUUGAAUUACAUACACACACGUGGUGUGGUGAAAGCGAGGGAAACGGCCAUCAAUCGGUUGGAUUGAAUUCCGUUUCCAGCUUAGGUCUUCAUCGUUUUUAAUUAAUUAUACAAGCGGCUGCGGUUGAAGGGUGAGGGAUGGUGAAGGAGACGGAAUACUACGAUGUGCUGGGUGUAAGCCCCACCGCCACCGAGGCUGAGAUUAAGAAAGCAUAUUACGUUAAGGCAAGGCAGGUUCAUCCAGAUAAAAACCCGAAUGAUCCUUUGGCUGCACAGAACUUUCAGAUACUGGGAGAGGCAUAUCAAGUGCUGAGUGAUCCUGGACAAAGACAAAAAUACGAUGCUCAUGGGAAGGCUGGAAUCUCAGCAGACUCAAUUAUUGAUCCUGCAGCAAUCUUCGCCAUGCUUUUUGGAAGUGAGCUUUUUGAGGAAUACAUUGGAAAGCUUGCCAUGGCAUCUAUUGCUUCCUUGGAUGUUGUUUCAGAGUCUGAAAACAUUGAUUCAAAAAUGUUGCAGGAGAAGUUGCGGGCUGUCCAGAAAGAGAGAGAAGAGAAGUUGGCUAAUUCACUUAGAGAUCGACUCAAUGUGUAUGUCCAAGGGAAUAAAGAGGAAUUCAUUGCUCAUGCCGAGGCCGAAGUAACUAGACUCUCCAAUGCUGCAUAUGGUGUGGAUAUGCUGAGUACCAUUGGCUAUAUAUAUGCAAGACAGGGGGCAAAAGAGCUUGGAAAGAAGGUGAUGUACUUGGGCGUCCCGUUCGUAGCUGAGUGGUUCAGAAAUAAAGGACACUUCAUCAAAUCCCAAGUAACUGCUGCCACAGGUGCAAUCGCCUUGAUUCAGCUGCAAGAAGAUAUGAAAAAACAGCUGAAUGCUGAAGGAAACUACACCGAGGCUGAACUUGAGGAAUACAUGCAAUCGCACAGGAAGUUGAUGAUCGAUUCCCUAUGGAAGCUAAACGUGGCGGACAUUGAAGGCACACUUUCCCACGUUUGUCAGAUGGUGCUUCAAGAGAACAAUGCAAAGAAAGAAGAGCUGUGUGUAAGGGCAAAGGCCUUGAAAACCCUGGGCAAAAUUUUCCAGAGGGUGAAGGUAGUUAAUGGAAGUGAAACUGGCAAUAUACCAAAUGUUCCAAUCAUCAAAGCAGGUCCAAAUGAGGCAAGCAGCAAUAACGCAGAGAAGCCCUCCACAAAUGUGAAAUCCCAGUGGCAUCUGCUCAGGGUCAGGGACAAUGAUCAACCUUUUUAAUUUUGGUAUUUUAAACUUUUGUCGCUUUGUAUCUAUACUUGUUUGCUAGUAUUUCCUACUUAUGCUGUCACUAUAAAA